AUGCAGUCGGCGGAGAAGGCGCAGCCGCUCCGUGCCGCCUGCUGGCUCACGAACCUGUGUCAAGCAGCGCAGCGCCCGAGGCAUGGAGCCAUGCUUCCACUUGACGCAGACGGCGGAAGGCGACAUCCGCUGGCCCGUGGUCACUUUCUGUGGACUGCCAGAGGGCCCCGACGCUGGAAGCUUCAGCUGCUACGUUGUGCCGAAGAUCCAGGGUGGUUGCAGAGAAGGGAGGAGUUCCACUUCUCCAUCUUCAGAGUUUGCGUCCGUGCCCAAGUAUCCAGCAUGAGGAGCAGGCCUUUCGCCAGCUAG